AUGAAGGACGCCAUCGUUAAACUGUCAGGCAACCUGCAGAUAACAACUUUGCACUUCCGCAAGCAGAUUACUGAGGCCGACAAGGUGAUGCGCGCCAGUUUUGAGGUCUCCCACCUCCUUGCUCGCCGGAUGAAGCCAUUCGCGGAUGGGGACUUCAUGAAGGAGUGCCUCGUCGCUGUGGUGGACUCCGUCUGUCCAGAGCAGCGUUUUGCCUUUGAGAGCGUGAACCUUUUGUCCCGCACCGUUCGUCGUCGCAUAGAGAUGAUGUCGGACAACCUGCACGACUCACUCAAGACCUGCAGCUUAGCCCUCGUCGCCUUCUCCCUCGUUCUUGACGAGAGCACCGACACGAAGGACACGACCCAACUGGCCGUUUUCAUCCGUGAGGUCACCGCUGACCUCCAGGUGUGUGAGGAAUUCCUCCAACUUGUCCCGCUGCGCGGCACCACCAUUGGGCAAGACAUCUUCGACGCCGUGGUUCAGUGUAUGGAGCAGCACUCCUUAGACCUCUCCCUUCUUGUGUGCGUGAUGACCGACGGUGUCCGGGCGAUGAUUGGGGAGAAGAAGGGCGCCUCUUUGCUGCUAGUGCGCCACUGUGAGGCCGCCGGACACACUCAGCACAUCCAAAAGGUGCACUGCACCAUCCACCAAGAGGCCCUGUGCGCCAAGUCUGCCAACCUCGUUGAUGUCAUGUCUGUCGUAGUGAAGGUACUGGUGGACAAGGUGAACGUGCACUCCAAUGACCUGCUCUACUUCUGUGAGGUCCGCUGGCUGAGUCGUGGGGCCAUGCUGUCCCGUGUGUGCGAGUUGCAGCAGGAGAUCGCCACCUUCCUCCGUCAGAAGAACCUUCCCCACGCUGAUCACUUCUCCGACCCGCGAUGGCUCGCUCGCCUGGCCCUGCUCACGGACAUCACUACGCACCUGAACGCCCUCAACGUGAAGCUGCACGGUAAAGACAUUCUCGUGACAGACAUACACGCGCACAUCACCGCCUUCGAGGUUAAGCUGCGCUUGUGGGAGGCUCAGUUGGCUAUUGGUGCAUGA